UCGCGCAUCAAGAGGGACUCUCAAUCAGAGGGAGCCUCGCGCGCUACUAACGAUGAGGUUCCCCGACCAGCACGCGCUCCGUUUGGAAUGAGGAGGAGCUGAAGAAGAAGCUGAAGAAGAAGCUGGCGAUGAACGCAGGGAGUGAGCGCGCGCGCCGCGACGUUGCCGCACUUUCCCAAAUUGAGAGAGAGAGAGAGAGAGAGAGAGAGAGAGAGAGAGAGAGAGAGAGAGAGAGAGAGAGAGAGAGAGAGAGAGAGAGUUGACGCGCGGCAGAGACGGGCGGCAGAACACACAGGGUCUGGGUGAAUGUAUAACCAUGGCAACAGCAGCAGCAGCAUCAGAAGCACGAGAAGCUGGGAUAUAAACAUUGCAUCCGUCCGUCCGUCCGUCCGCAAACAGACCGAUUUUUACUCCGUUUAAGGAUCGGAGCUGGAGCCGAACCCUCUGCGGACAUCACACCACAUCGCUGCUAAGGUGAUGAGUGGGACUGUAUCAUGUCUGAAGUACAGGGAACGCUGGAGUUUUCUGUAGAACUGCACAAGUUUCACAAUGUGGAUCUGUUUCAGAGGGGCUUCUACCAGAUACGAGCAGCACUGAAAGUCUCACCUCGAGUGCCCCACAGGUUGACCGUGACAACAACUGACAAUGCAGGAGAGUGCAGCUUCAGCUCCACAGGGGUGUACGACGGCAGCGUCUUCAGCCGGAUAGUUCAGAUCCUCUACAGAAACGAGGAGAUUGAUGUCAACGACUGCAUGAUCUUCAAAGUCCACCUACUACUGGAUGGAGAAAGGUUGGAGGAAGCCUUGAGUGAGGUGGACUUCCAGUUGAAGUUGGAUCUUCACUUCACCGACAAUGAGCAGCAGUUGGCAGAGAUAGUGACAGUCCCGUUGAUCAGCAGUCGGACUCUGAGGCUCCACUUCCAUCCGCGGCGAGGCCUUCACCAUCACGUCCCCGUCAUGUUUGACUACUUCCACUUGUCUGUCAUUUCUGUCUCCGUGCACGCCUCACUGGUUGCCUUACACCAACCGCUAAUCAGCUUUGCGCGCACGGGGAAGGGCACCUGGCUGGGGAAAGGCUCGCCUGAGAGCGUGAGCGACCCGUCUGCUGUGUCUGUGGAGAACCUGGUGUUCGGAGCUGGCUACUGCAAGCCUGUCAUCUCUGAGGGAAGCUUUUAUGUUCCCAGUGAAAACUGCCUGCAGAGAGCUCAUACGUGGCACCGGAGGCUCUGUCGCCUCCUGCUGGCCGCGCACAGAGGGCUGCAUGCCUACUGCAGCUUGCUGAGGCAGGAGAUCCCGCAGCUGCAGCUGGUUCCACUGGAGUCAGAGUUGCUGCCUGUAGAUGAAAUUCUAAACCAGCUCUCCAUAGAGUUACAGCUGCAGGAAGGCCAUGAGAAGGUAGCCGAACAGAUCAGCAGGGACGUGAGCCAGCUCUGCUCCCAGCUGGCUGCGCUGUGGAGCCGUUUCCUGGAGACAGCUGUGCUCAACCCCUACAUCCUGUCCUAUCUGACUCAGGAACAUCACACACUUAGGGUGAGAAGAUUCUCAGAGGCAUAUUUCUUCACCAAACACCCGAAAGAGAUCUGUUUGACGUUUCAGGAAGAACUAAUCAACAGACACGGCCAGAUAGCUGCAGAAGUGCGGAGCUCUGACUACUUGACCAAAAUGCCUCCUUUGCCCGUCGAGUGCCUGGACAUCGAUGGAGACUGGAACAGCCUGCCCAUCAUCUUUGAGGACAGAUAUGCAGAGUUUCUGCAGACAGAAACGGUAUCGCAUGUGCCAAUACUUGAAACCACCAAAGAAUUCUCCACCAAACGGAUUCUUCAUAGCAGCCAGGAAGCCAAAUCACCAGCAUUAUCCCGGCAUUCCUUGGACAGUGAAGAAUGCAUGGACACUCCCGUGCAUGUCGUAGUUAAAGCGGAUCAAAGGCAAAAUGAUGUAACAGAUACCCAGAACAUCAUCCAGACUGAGCACGAUACAGAAGAUUCCAUGGUUGACGAUCAGAAGUUGAAGGAACCAGCAGAAAGUCUUGGCAUUGAUGAUGAACCCUUUCCUACAGAUCCAUCUACUGGAGAGGGAGCUCUUGUUCUUUCCUCUGAUUGUACCAACAGUGGUAAAGAAUCUCCUGUUCUCAAUGGAAGAGAAAACUUCUCUGUACCUUGUGAUGGUAACAACCUUAGCACAACCACUGAGCAAGAAAACACAGAAGAGGACAGUGAUGUCGCUAUGCCUUUAAAUCACUCGAUGGAUGACGACAGCGAAGAUGUUCCCCCCAACAGCAUGAGUCCUGCUUUGCCUCCGUUCCCCGGAGACCUCAGGAAAGAAACGACUCAUCGUGGAGGCUUGGUAAGCUCAAAGAUCAUGAAGCGCUCGUCGUCCGUAAUCUCAGACUCGGGUAUCGAGAGCGAGCCUAGCUCGGUGGCGUGGCCCAUGGAAGUUGUGCUUCAGGGACGACCUUCUCUAGAUUUCUCUAGUGAGCGGGAGAUCCCGAAACAAAUCGUGUUGGACCACCCGGUCCAUCGCAGCUGUCUGGAAGGCCUGCGGAUGGGGAGCAAUGGCAGCCUUCCAAGUGGAGGCAUAGAGGCCUCUCUCACUUCGAUUAGCUCCCUGCCCUACGAGGAGGACCAGCAACAACGGAAACUCAGCAAACUGACUAAGUCUGUCUCUGCACCGCAAAUAAGCAGCCCAGAAGAUGCGGAGGAAGAUCAUAUUUUAAUCGGUUUGGAAAAAGACAGGACAAGCUCAGUGUGUCAGCAGGAUUUGGGCAUUUUGAACAUGGAUUCAGAACAAUCUGAGUUGUCUCAGCUAAGCCUAAACACUGACCAGACUGGUAGGAGCGUGGGCUCAGAAAAUUCAAACUCUCAGCAGGAUUUGUCAGAGACCUGUGGAAGAAAGUUGGUCUUAAGUGGCGUGUCUGACGUGUUACUUUCCCAAAACUCCAUAGAGAGGCUUUGCGUAGCGGCAAGUGGCAACCAGGGGGAUGAAAAGAACCGUCAAACACACAUGAAUGGAGAGAGCACUUCAGUGGAAGAUGUGCAUCUCCUCGAAUCGGAAGUAGCUCCCUGUAGAUGUGGAAGCAAACCAUGUGUGUGUAAAAGUGCAGCAGAGCAGGGCAGCAGUAGCUGCGGAGAUGAUUGCCAGAGUUUCCACCAGAGUGAGCAGAGAGGCGUUGAGGAUAGACAUCUGGAUCCCCCUCACAUGCCCCUGAAAAGCUCACAGUCCAACGAUCUUACCAACAGGACUGCCGUCAGGCCCAGUGACCUCACAGGGCUGAGGGCCAUGGAAAUAACGUCGCCCCCUAACCUCAGCGGCGCAUCAAUCAGUGACAAAGACCCUUUGGAAAGCCAGACCAAGGCCUCAAAAAUCCCUAACUCCGGGCUGGCCUUUGUGAAUAAGAAGAUGGUGGAGGUGGUGAACAUGUCUGUGUCCUGCGCCCCGACUUGCCUGCCGUUUUCAUCCGUCCUUAGAGACUCCCCCUCCGUCAGCGGCAUAUCUGCUCGCCAGGCUUCCUCGCCUAUUACCCAUCAGCCUCUGGGCUCCUUCGGUAUCAUCUCCUCAUCUUCGCUCAGCCCCUUGGCCACGGAUGAGGAGACCAAUGAACGGAUGCUGAGUUUCUACAAAGCCAAAGAGGAGCUUCUGAAAGAGUUGAAGUUCCAGGCCAGCUUAUACAGCGACCUUCCUCUCCUGGCGUCAGAUCUGCCCUACUUCCCUCCUGAGGAGGACGACGAGGAGUUUGAAGACGGGAUACAUCUCGUGGUGUGUGUCCACGGUCUUGACGGCAACAGCGCGGACCUCCGACUGGUCAAGACGUUCAUUGAACUGGGCCUGCCGGGAUCCAGGCUCGACUUCCUAAUGUCUGAACGAAAUCAGGCCGACACGUUUGCAGAUUUCGACACCAUGACAGAUCGACUCCUGGAUGAGAUCAUUCAGCACAUCCAGCUGUACAAUCUCACUAUUGGCAGGAUAAGCUUCAUCGGUCACUCCUUGGGCAACGUCAUCAUCCGGUCAGUGCUGACCAGGCCUCGCUUCCGCUGCUACCUGCCCAGGCUGCACACCUUCCUCUCUCUGUCUGGUCCACACCUGGGAACGCUGUACAACAACAGCGCCUUGGUCAGCACAGGUCUGUGGUUAAUGCAGAAGCUGAAGAAGUCGGGAUCCUUGCUGCAGCUCACUUUCAGAGAUCACGUCGAUCCGCGGAAAACCUUCCUCUACCUCCUGAGUCAGAAACCAGGGCUGCAGUACUUCAAGAAUGUGGUGUUGGUGGCGUCUCCGCAGGACCGAUACGUUCCGUUCCACUCAGCCAGGAUAGAGAUGUGCACGACUGCCCUGAAAGACAGGACCACAGGGCCCGUUUACACCGAGAUGAUCAACAACCUCCUGCAGCCAGUGGUGGAGGCCACGGAGUGCCGCCUGAUCCGGCAGAACGUGUUCCACGCUCUGCCAAACACGGCCAACACCCUGAUCGGCCGCGCUGCCCACAUCGCCGUCCUGGACUCUGAGCUCUUCCUGGAGAAGUUCUUCCUGGUGGCGGGGCUCAACUACUUCAAAUAGAGGCAGUGCAGCCACAGCUCACCAGAACCGAGUGGAGAGUCUAAGUUUUCUCAUUACUCUGUACAGUUAUUGUUACGAAUGUAAAAAAAAAAAAGUCAGCUCUGUAAAUCCUACCUUUUAGGCUCGUUAGCCAUCGUCCUGAAAGAAUUAGUGUGUCAUGACUGUUCCUGUUGAAAACUCAGAUGAGUGUGAUUUGUAGCUUACCCAACACGAAACAUCUGAGGGCGAUGAAGAGAGAAACGGAGGAUGUUUUGUCUGCCUUAUGAGUACGCUCUCAGCCAGAAACACAAGCAGAAGCUAACGGUGUUCCCUGCUUUCCCUUUAGACCUCAUUUAGAACAUUCUGCGUUUGCUGGUUGAUGAAUUCUUUCUGUAGGAGUCACACCGAUGUUAUUCUUCACACCGUCUGUAGAACCAAUGCAAUAGAUGUGCGGCAUUUAACCCUAUGAUUGUACAUGGAGUAUAUUGUUGUACAGGAAACAGCUCUUCCUUUAUACAAAAGAGAUAUAUUGUUUAAGAUGAUUUAUUUUUACGUAUCUACGGUGUAAGUAGUUCUUCUAAAUGUGAACUUCUGUGUCUUUGUGUGAACUCCACUGACGUUGUCCCAUGUGGGGAGAGGUGGAACGUGGUGUAGCUGAAAAUUGACUUCAUUCAUAUCCAUUUAGCUCAGUUGUCUAAAUAUUAAGCGAAAAGUGAAUUAUUUUAUAUUUCUAAAGACUUUUUGCAUUUUCUAAUCAGCAAAUUGAUCAAAACCCACACCAGCCAACAAAACCACUGAAAACACUAAGCACUAAUAACAAAGUACUAGCAACCUUUCUCGAAGUCACAUUUAUAAAUAGCUGCCCAUUUAAAAAUGUUUAAAACAAAAUUACAGAGGAGUAAAAUAAUACAAAGUGUCCAGGUUUGGCUAGAUGAUGACGUCCUUGCUUAGCGACAUAAUCAUUUAGCGACGGUGUGCAGGUGUUACACUCAACAUUUUAGAAACAAAGGCCCAAAAAAGUUUUGGGUAACACAAACAAAAGAACCUGAACUUGAUCUGUUUUUGGAUAAGCUUGGAGUAUUUAUUUAUUUUUUUUUACUAAAUUUUUGCACUUCCUCAAAGUAAGUGAAGCAUCCAGUAAAUGCAGGGACUUAAUUUUUCUCCACUCUGAAGCAGGAUAUUUCUGAGUCUAUCCAGAGAUGAAAGAAAGUCUGUUACAAUAUGGGAUUUAUGCUUCUUAAACACCAUCCAUAUUAAGUGACUUUGUCUUUCUAUAGCUCUGGUCCGAUGACGACAACUUCAGACAGAUUAAUCUAAAAGCAGGUGGUGAAAAUAAUUCAGGCUUUUACAUCAUGAGGAUAUGCCUGGAAUCCAUCUGGUUGGAUUAAUCAGGAUUUAUAGAUAUGUAUAGCUGAGUAUCAUCAGCAUAACGAUGGGACCUUAUCCCAUGUUGUGAUACUUUUACCAUGUGGAUUAUUUAUAUGUGCAAGUGAUCCAAACUCUAAACUCUGUGGUACUCCAUCCUGGUGCAUGUGGACGGUUUGUCAUCGACAUGAACAAACUGAAGCUUAUAACACAGAUUAAAUGCAUCCAUCAGAUUACUUCAAGAAUUCUGGAUGAGAAAAAAAAACAUUAGAUAUAGGAAGGUAAUACAUGAAGGAGUAUUAAAUCUGAACAGCCUGCAUUCUAGAGCUAUUUUAGUUAUGUGUUACUGUACAACUCCAACAACAGGUGUUGACCUCAGAAGUGUGACUUUUAGGCUGUUUUGAAAGCGUAACAUUUUGCAAUAAAUGUUCCCUCUGUGUUUAUAUUAAACAAUGAAUAUGCUUGUAAAAACAAACCAGCUUUCAGAUUCUACCCCGCAGCUUUGGGUUUAGCUUGUACCACUUGCUUUUUGUACAGAAACCUACACCAACAACAGAACAUUCCCUGUAGUCAUAGGGCAAGAAGUCUAGAAACACGAAAUAAACACAAUAAAAGGCUAGGUACAACCCAAUUGUCAGGACAUACCAUUAGAGUCCAAUGCUACUGGCACCCACUAGUGUUACUUGUUAGCACAGAAAGUGUUUUCAUGUCUCGUAAAAUUCUAAAUGAUUAAAUUUUUCCGACCAGCCAAUAUGUGAUCUUUAGCUAGAUUCAAUGACAACAUAUUGGGGUCACUGUGGAUAAAAAAAACUCAGAAAUUUGGAAGACAAUUUCAGACAUUUUCUAGAAAAAAAAAUUGGAUGUUCAAACCUAGUGGCAGUUCUCCACCGACACCCCAUCUGAACUGCAUCGUAUUAUGACUUCCAUGUUCGUUAUGGAAGACUUUUUAAACUCAGAUAUUUCCUUUUUUUUUCUAAAAAUUUUAUUUUAUUUUUUUUGUAAAUUAUUUUUUUGCCCUAAUAUGGCGCCAUAAGAUUCACUAUGAUCAACAUGCUGGCGGCUUCACUUAAAAACCAAAAAUCUGAAAAACUUUUGACAGUUUUUCGGUUUGGUUCUGAAAUACUUUUAUCAAAAAUAUGCUGCUUUGUGCAUUUACUUUCCCAGUAUUUAUCUAAAUGAUUUUGUCCAUCUGGUAGCUACUGAGGCUCGGUCAGACAGUUGAGCUGAUUAUUUAGUCCAAUUAUUUGUGGAAGCAUGACUACCCCAAGCUAUGAGAUCAACCUAUUGUGAAGGAUCUCUAUUAGUUAUGAGACAAACAGUAAACAGGCUCACUAAUAUAAUCAAGCUUAUGUAAUGAGAGACAGAAACAUGACAAAUUACUACAACACUGUGGUUUAAUAGCCAUAGUUUUCCUAAUGAGCCAUUUUUUAAUGUCUCGAUUAAAAUCCUCCUUUGACAGCCACAGAUUUUUAAUAAGGGUAGAUUAGCAUUUCAGUGCUGUCAUUUGUCAGGAAAUUUAAAUGAUUUUGAAUGAACUGCCACGAUUUACCUCCGUUGUUUUCGAAAUCAUCAUGAUGCGUAUCAAAAUGUCAUCAGCAUAAUGAGAGAUAUUGUUUUUAUUUCUUUGCUACAUGCACACUGCAUGAUGUGGUUUUCAAGGGGUUUUGUGAAAACUCCUGUCCAUCUUGUUGCGUUUACAUUUUCCGAAAUUGGAAACGUUUCCUUAGGCAUUUCAUAUCCAGCAGCGCUGCGUGACAUGGAUCUGCUGCGUAAUGUAUUUCUGUACAUACAGAGAGCUAUAUUUUAACCUUUGCACUGGUUUGUUGGCAAGUGCACUUUAGUGACAACCUUGAAUCAACCUCUACUAGCUUACAAAAAUACAAACAGCUUUUUGUGUGUGUGGUUACUGUUAGAAAAUUGCACUUGCUUCUUUUGGUCUGAAGGUCGUGUCGUGGGCUUAUUGUGAGAGGUAAAGUCUGGUCUCAUCUGUUCGGCCGUCGUCUCGUUAUCAAAAUGUUCGCUGCCUUGCAGAACAACUGAUAACUUGACAGAGUGUUUUUUUUUUGUUGGGGAAGCUGUUACAUUGUAAGCAGUGAUGGUCACUAGCUGUGUUUCCAUUACAAAUGUGCACAAAUCUGUGUCUAUAAUAAUGUCAAAAAAACACAAUUCCACAAUUGGCGUUUCCAUUAAAUAAUAAAUGAAAUCAAAAUCACACGUGUUCACAUGACAAGUUUUCAAAAAUCUUGGCUGCGACAGAUGUAAACAUUUACAUGAGAUGUAUUCAUAAUCCAGCGCUCGUCAUCGAUCAGCCAAUCAGAGGAGACGUCUUAUUCAGGUGCUGGAGCAACAAACCUCGCCUACUUGGGAGCGGGUAUGUGUGAGGCGUUUUGGGGAAAUUGUAGUCGGCAUGCUGCAGAAUGACAUGGAUGUCUGAAAAAAACAAAAGUUAAGCAUCAUCCUCCUCCUCUGUUCUGUCAUUAUCUUUGUAACAUCUGGUUGUUGAUCACAUGACUCGUGUGAUCCGAAACAUUUUGAUACAACAGAAAAAAACCACCUGAUCUUAGCGCAAAAACUUAUUGAGGAACACAAGUUCUUCUGAAUUGCCAUGUUUCUAUUAAGCAAAUUUAUUUGCGUAAUUCCAAUUUGAGCAAUUUUACGGUCAAUGGAAACGCAGCUGGUCACAUGGCCGUAGUUUUGAAGCAAAGACUGUCUACAAAACGCCACAAUGCAAAGCUGCCACGCCUCAUUUUGCUACUCACACACCCCGAUACACACGCUUUGUCUGGAUGAGGCUCGAGCCUGUGUGUGUUACAGGUCCCCCGUGUUUGGCCACUAAGAAUAAAUGCAGAGAAAAAAAGGGUUGAGUGUGCCCUUCAAAGUUAGCUACAAAACGGUUUCCUGCUCUGUUGGAAGGGUGAAUUGUCACAAGAAUUACAAAAUGACAUUUAGAUAGUUUUGAAGUCCGAUCAGACAGUGGAAAACAGUGUUUGUUACGUACAGCUCAGUAGCUGUAAAAGAAUGUGCUGAUGUUGCUAAUGGUGCAUUUUGAGGGGUUCCCCAAACCCAGAUCGUCCUUUUUAGUUUCUCUGUCAACCUUCAGAACUAUGUGACUUGAGCCUCUCUGUAUUCAGUCGCCCUUUACUGGAGUGCGUGAAUUAUUUAUGUGACAGAAGUGUUCUCUACACCGUUGCUCGGCUACCUUUCCUGUGUUUGAACUGAAUGUAAAAAAGUUUGAAGUCACUUUGAGGAACUUCCAUUGAUUUCCUCUUACUUACAUACAUGUAUUGUACCUUAACUAGUACUACAUCUGUGCCAAUAUUACUGAAAUAUUUUUAUAUGUUGCUGACCAUACUGUAUGUACUCUGAAGUAGCUUGUGUUCUAUGUAUCAAAUUAAAAAUACUAUAUAUAUGUAUAUAUAUAUAUAUCAUAGUAUUAUCCAAUGAAGUUAGAAAUAAAAAGUAUUCCUUUUGCAUUCCAUUUAUUUUUGCCUUCCUGAGUCUUCAUUUAACUUCCCUUUAUAACGCAUGUAAUUCUACAAUUUUGAGCAAAAUUACCACAAGUGAUGGUAAAUUAAAAAAAUUAAUCAGCCAAUAAUUACCUUUUAAUAUGUGAAUGGCUACGUAACAACGUCUGAGGUCUUGUGUGGAUUGUACACAUCUCAGAUGACUUGCUAGUGUGGCAUCAUGGGAAAAUCAAUGUUCAUGUCUCUGGCAACACAGUCCAGAAUACAACAGUGAGCUUAUGUUUUCAAUUUUUGUCAUUUCAUUAAUGAAAUAAAAUGUUCUUC